CAACAAACCAACCGCUUCAUCAGUGACCUAACAAACAAUCCGUCGUGGCUAUCCGCGCGCAAUGGAAGCAACAAACCUUCGUACCAUCAGUGAACUAACAAAGAAUCCGCUAUGGCUAUCGGAUAAGCCUUAUCUUCUCCAACAAACAACAAAUAAAUCCCGCCAUAACAUGCAUGACGAUCGUGCUCGCCAAAGUGAUCCGUGUCUUCUACCCGCUCGCCGACAUGCUCCGCCAGGACGACGCCUACCGACUCGACGGCCGCAUCCACCAGGACGACACCGAUGGCGGCGCUCUCACCGUCGAGAACGACGAGGGCGUGGAGGUCUUCGAGGGCGAAGCCGAGGCCGAGCGCGUCUCCUUCCACCCGCUCGUCGGUCGCAUCCUCCAGGACGAACGGCGACGCGCUCGCCGUCGAGGGCGACGAGGGCGUGGACUUCUUUGAAGGCAGGCAAGCGGCGGCAAUUGCUGUCGCGGGCGACCAUGCAGCGCAACUGGAGAAGGCCGAUCUAGCCGCCGCGAUGAUGCUCCUCCUCCUCGACGCUACCUCGCUCCGCUACUCGCCCGCCGCGCUGGUAGCCGCGCACGAGAGGUUGUGGGCCUGCAGGGUCUCCAUCGCCGUACGCACGAGAGGUUUGCUAAUAUUGUGAGAGCGAAAGAAAUUAUCCAACUUUAGACAUCAGCAAAGCCAUGUUCAUAUAUUUUUCAUUUCAAUGUUAUGUGUGCAAUUACAUUUAUUCAUCUACUCAUUCUUACAUGCAUAUUUAUGUAGUAAAACUGGAAUAGUGUUCAUAUCAACUUAGCUUAGGAACAUACAUGAAUUAUUUGUACUACAAACCGAACUAUAGGUUGUAUAUACUUUCGUGCCUAUACCAUUAGUGAGGGAAGUAGCGUGCACGGUCGUACUACCAUCUUCGUGCAUUGUUUUGGGGUUUCAACUCUGUCAUGUUCUCUUAUUAACUAAUCUGUUGUUCUUUUGUUUCAAGUGCCCACACGCAGAGAUUUCACAAGCGUUUUUAUGCGGUUUCAGAUGUUGAUGAGUGUCAUUAAUAUGACCAGCGUUUUUAGGCGUUGCUGAAAGAAAAAAAAUAAGGCAGCAAUGUUGGGUCAUUAAUAUGCAGAUUCUUGCAUAUAGAAUCAUAUUAUAUUGAAUGUCUCUCCUACUUAGAGUAAAACUAAUUGCUUCUUGCAUAUAGACUCAUAUUAUAAUAGAUUUCAAAUCAUCAUGUGAAUAGUAUGCAAGAUCUUUGCUAUCUACUGUAGACUGUAGUAUGUGACAAUGUAGGCAUGGUCCUGUUCCUUGUUUCUGUACAGUUUCUACCAUGUUCUUGCCUCCAUUUAUGGAACGAAACUUGCCUGAGUAUGGCCACAAGCCAUAUAAAAUUUUACUCUCGUGAGUACUUAAUACUUAUGAAAAUAAAUUCAAAGGGUGAAUCUCAUGAUACUUUGAACAAUUAUAUUGUGAAAAUAAAUUCAAUGAUGUACCUAAUGAUAUUUAUUUGGUAAUGAACUGACGGAAACAAUUUGACAAGAUUAUAUAUAACAUACUAAUAUACAUCAGUACAUACCAGAUUACCAGCUAAUAAUCAAUUGAUCUAAGACAAUCUAGACAAUGUAGGUGUGAACUAAGAUUGAUUUAUAGAGUCACUCAUUAUAUAUGAUUGUGUGUUAUUGUUCCUGUGCGCCGUCGUAUCGCACGGGCACAGUACUAGUAAUCAUGUAUGGAUCGCUUGGGGGGUUUAUUCCGCGUGCGUGUAGUUUAGGUGCGGAUCGUUUCUACGAUGGUCGUCACGCGCUGAUUGUGAGUCCAUCAUUAUUGGUUUUCUGUUAAAACCGAAUUCCGGGUACGCCCAAGCGUAUUUGUCAGAUGUAGGCUCCGAGACCCUCGAGCAAUUCAUGUGGAAUAAACCGAUCCAACGCGUCUGAUCAAGGGUCACGGCUAAUUCGACUCAAACCGGCACUAUGCAUGGGUCUAAAAAAUGAUCAAUGAAUAGGCGCGUCGCCACAGAAGCGAGCAAAAAAAGCAACAGCGACGCGGGGCAGUGGAGCGGUUAAAAAUCCGCCGGGCAUCGGCCGCCUCCUACCCCCUCUAGUCCACCCUGUCCCCGGACAGGCAGCGUCGGAGCGCCGGCGUUGCCAACGCCAACGCGGAGGCGAGACGAUCGGGAAGGAGGGGAGCAGAGGAAGGAUACAGUCCGGAGCUUCAGCUGUCUGCUGUCUGCGGUCUGCGGGAGCGAUCACGUCUACGGUCUACAGUCGACAGUUGCGACCUCCAACUGGAGCUGGCUUCACAUAGACUUCUGGAGGAGGCAACGGGAUUGCGAUUUGGAACAUGGGGAGUUCGGUCGGCUGCUUGGUAGGCGGCUCCAAGUCGAGGCAAGAUCAGAAUUGUCAGGUCGUCGCGGGUUCGUCUCACAGUUCAGGUCAUGUCUUAUCAAGAGCUGGAAAUAAUGUACAGGUAUUCUCCCUAAACGAGUUGAAGACUGCCACACAAAACUUUCACAUGUUGAAUUGCAUUGGCCGUGGGGGUUUCGGAGCAGUGUAUAAGGGAAACCUCAAAGAUGGCACUCAAAUUGCAAUUAAAAAGCUUGCAGUUGAGUCAAAACAAAGAAUUAGUGAAUUCUUGACAGAAAUUAAUGUCAUAUCAAAUGUUAGGCACCCAAACCUUGUCAGGCUGAUUGGUUGCUGCGCUGAAGGGAAAAACAGACUAUUGGUGUAUGAGUAUGCGGAGAAUAAUAGUUUGGCGAAUGCUUUGCUUGGACCAAAGAAUAAAUGUAUCCCAUUGGACUGGCAGAAAAGAGCUGCUAUAUGUAUUGGAACUGCUUCUGGCCUUGCUUUUCUUCAUGAGAAAGCACAACCAUGCAUUGUCCACCGUGAUAUCAAGGCUAGCAACAUUUUACUUGAUAAGAAACUGCUGCCCAAAAUUGGAGAUUUUGGAUUGGCCAAGAUUUUUCCUGAUACCGUUACUCACAUUAGCACGCGUGUUGCAGGAACAAUGGGUUAUUUGGCACCAGAGUAUGCAUUGUUGGGACAAUUAACCAAGAAAGCAGACAUAUAUAGUUUUGGUGUGCUUCUUCUCGAAGUGAUAAGUGGUGAAAACAGCAGCAAGCCGACUUGGGGGCCUAAUAUGCAUGUUCUUGUGGAAUGGACAUGGAAGCUGCGAGAAGAAGGAAGACUCUUGGAAAUUGUUGAUCCAGAACUGAAAAAGUACCCAGAGGAGCAAAUGCUUCGUUUCAUCAAGGUGGCACUGCUGUGCACACAAGCCACGUCCCAACAGAGGCCAUCCAUGAAGCAGGUUGUCAAUAUGCUAUCUAACAAAGCAGAAAUUGACCUGCAAAAUGUAGUUGCACCAGGUGUACUGAAAGAACCUCGGCAGCGUACUGGCGGCUUUGGGAGUUUGACAGCAGGCACGUCCUCAAAGCCAAAGCACCAAAGGCAAUCCAGCUGAAUCAUACAGUACAAUUGUACAAAGACCAACAUGAACAGCUGUCAGUUUAGCACAACCGACGCAUCACCAAGGUGACGUGAUAGACUGUCAGCUUGCAAGCUUGUUUGACGUCUUCACUCUUCAAAGGUGUCACAAACUCUAGUGAUAUGGAAGGCCUGAUCCAUUUUCAUCCUGUUUUAGAGUUACGUAGUAUGCGAAGGCCGCUGUGAAUUGCUGAUGUACAGGAAUUGUAGCUCAUCUUUUUUUUGUUCUUUUGCAAAAGAGGAAUUGUAGUUUGAUUUGACGAUUGAUUUUACCUUCUGGCGGCCACGUUACAAAGGACAGUUAUUUUAGGCAUCAAGUUCUCUAUAUAUUAGACACAUUUAGUAGCAGUUUAUACUAUUCAACGUUUUUUUACAAUA